CGCCGAGAUCUCGCGAGAUUAGCGCGAGAUCUCGCGAGAUUUUGGAGCAAAACAAAGAUGUCAGCGCCCACGAGUGAGCGUGCGUCCUGAAUUACUGCUGUCGCAUAAACGGACAACGGAGCCAAGACUCCCGUGAGCUGAGAGCAGUAAUCUCCGACGAACCUUCUCACUCGUGAUCUGCCUCCGCUGUAAGCUGCCAAUAGUUGUGAGUUGGCAUUACUCUAAACUGCCACAACAGACAACUGUCUUCGGUAGCGAGGCUUCUGAUUUGUUCGCUGUGGAUGUGUUCCCACUCGUAAGCUGUCGCAGCAAUAAGCAGUCUGGGCCGUGACGAUGCGUUUGUCCAGUGGUCCUGCGAGCUUCAUUGCGACCAGUGGCGGCCGGGUUGCACUCCCGGAUGGCAGUUGGAGAUGCCAAACAGGAGGUCCCGACAGGCGACGAAGUACGUGGGACGCAACGCCAAGCCCAAGGGUCGUGUGUUUGUAUGGGGCUUCACCUACACGGGCGCCCUGGGCAUCCCAAAUUUCGUGUCGCCCGUGUCGACGAGGCACAAGCCCCGGAAGAUACAGUUCACGCCGCACCGGCUGGAAACGGAUGACAAGAUCAUCUCGGCAGCAUGUGGUUAUGGAUUCACUCUCCUGGCCUCCAAAACCAAGGACCUUACCAAGCUUUGGGGUGCAGGGUUGAACAUAGACUCACAGAUCGGCUUUCACAGGAGCCGGAGUGACAGAACGAAGAGUUACGAUUACAUCCUCGAGCCAUCGCCGGUACCGCUUCCGCUGAUGAAGCAUCAGCAGACGCGCGUCUUGCAGGUGGCAUGCGGAAGAGCGCACUCCCUGGUCCUCACCGACAACGAAGGAGUCUUCAGCAUGGGAAACAAUGCUUAUGGCCAGUGCGGGAGAACAAUUAUUGAGGAUGAAGUUUAUAAGGGCAGCAGAUUAAUUCAUAAAAUUGAGGGCAUAGAAGGGAAGGUCGUGGAGGUGGUGUGCGGGCAGGACCACAGCCUGUUCCGCACGGAGAAAGGCGAGCUGUAUGCGUGUGGCUGGGGUGCAGAUGGCCAGACUGGUCUGGGCAGCUAUGAGAUAUGCAGCACUCCGACACGGCUCGGAGGUGACUUGUCGGGUGAGCCCGUGGCCCAGGUGGCGUCGUACGGAGACUUCUGCCUGGCAGUCAGUGAGUCGGGCGAGCUGUUUGGCUGGGGCAACUCGGAAUACCGGCAGCUGGCUGCCAUCACAGAUGCCGUUCAGAUAAAUGUUCCCAAACGCAUACCGUUUAAAAAUGUGGGGAAAGUGAAAAUGGCAGCUGCUGGUGGCACCAUUUGUGGAAUCCUUAACGAGGAGGGCGAGGUGUUCGUGUGGGGAUACGGGAUCCUGGGGAAGGGGCCUCGGCUCUCGGAGACGGAAACUCCCGAGCAGAUACCACCCUCUCUGUUCGGACGCACCGAGUUCGACCCCGACAUCAGAGUGAAGAUGCUUCGUUGUGGACUCCACCACUUUGCUGCCGUGAAUACUCGCGGUGAACUUUUCAGCUGGGGUAAGAACCUGCGCGGGUGCCUGGGAAUUGGCCGGCCAGAUGACCAGUACUUCCCCUGGAGGGUAACGGUUGCAGGGGAGGUGGUGGACGUGGCGUGUGGGGUCGACCACUCGGUGGCGCUGGCCAAGACGUUGAUGUGACGUUUGCCGACAUGACCGGACAACAACCAAACAUGACACAGUGUUAAAGUGUUAAAGUGUAAUCUUAUGAGAAUAAGAUCACACUUUAAUUGAUGAAUUAGUGUAUUGUUACAUGCCCAAUGCCCAGUAGUGUACAUGGAUUUGUCCAUUGUUAUAUAUAUUUUGUAAACUUGUUGAAAACUGUUAAUUUGGCUGAUUAUAGGAGCCUGGAAUAGCAUUGAGAAUAAUUUGAGUUAUAUUUUGUGAAUUUGUUUUCAUAUUAAAAGCCAUUUAAACGUG